GACGGCCCCUUUUAUUCCCUUUCUGUUCCAUUACCACCUCGAAGCUUUCAAGCGUCGGGACUGAGUUCGGCGAUGGAGUCUUGCUCACACAUUGCUGUGCCCUCCUGGCUGCUUCCUUUACUGUUAGGGUUGUUCUCUCUUCUCUUCCGCCACAUCGACGCGGAAGUCCAGUAUCAUGACUUCGUGGUGCAGGCGACGCCGGUGAAGAGGCUGUGCAAGGCCCACAACAUCAUCACGGUGAAUGGGCAGUUCCCGGGGCCGACCAUAGAGGUGAAGAACGGGGACACGCUGGUGAUCAACGUUGUCAACCGAGCGAGAUACAACGUCACGCUCCACUGGCACGGCGUGCGGCAGAUGAGGACGGCGUGGGCCGACGGACCGGAGUUCGUGACGCAGUGCCCGAUCAGGCCGGGCGGCAGCUACACGUACCGGUUCACGAUCGAGGGACAAGAGGGAACGCUGUGGUGGCACGCGCACAGCUCAUGGCUCAGGGCCACCGUCUACGGAGCUCUCAUCAUCCUCCCCAAGGAGAACUCCUCCUACCCGUUCACCAAGCCCAAAAGAGAAGUCCCUGUCAUCCUUGGUGAAUGGUGGGAUCGGAAUCCGAUCGACGUCGUGCGAGAAGCAACACGUACCGGAGCAGCUCCCAACAUCUCCGACGCAUUCACCAUCAAUGGCCAGCCCGGUGACCUCUACAAUUGCUCCAACAAAGACACAACAAUGAUUCCGGUGAAGGCCGGAGAGACCAAUCUCCUCCGGUUCAUCAACGCGGCGCUGAACACCGAGCUCUUCGUCGCGAUCGCCAACCACAAGAUGACCGUCGUCUCUGCCGACGCGUCCUACACCAAGCCCUUCACCACUUCGGUGCUCAUGCUCGGCCCGGGCCAGACCACCGAUGUGCUCGUCACCAUGGACCAGCCGGCGUCCCGCUACUACAUCGCCGCUCGGGCUUAUGCGAGCGCGCAAGGCGUGGCCUUCGACAACACCACGACCACCGCCAUCCUCGAAUACGACUGCGGCUGCUCGGAACCAGGACAAGGUGUUCCGCCCGUGUUCCCCGCCCUCCCGGCCUACAACGACACCGGCGCAGCCUCCGCCUUCUCCGCCGGCCUCAGGAGCCUCUCCACCGUCGACAUUCCCGGUCCCGUCGACGAGAACCUCUUCUUCACCGUCGGCCUGGGUUUGUUCGGUUGCCCUCCAGGGAAGACGUGCGGGGGGCCGAACAACACUCGCAUGGCGGCCAGCAUCAACAACGUCUCCUUCGUGUUGCCCGACAGCUACUCCAUUCUCCAGGCCCAUUACCAACGCGUGCCCGGCGUCUUCACCACCGACUUCCCAGCGGUGCCGCCGGUGCAGUUCGACUACACAGCCCAAAACGUCAGUCGUAGCCUAUGGCAGCCGGUUGCGGCCACCAAGGUGUACAAGUUGAAGUACGGCUCGGUAGUUCAGCUGGUGCUGCAAGGCACCAACAUCUUCGCCGCCGAGAACCACCCCAUCCACAUCCAUGGCUACGACUUCUACAUCCUGGCGGAGGGGUUUGGCAACUUCAACGCGGCGAAGGACAACGCCAAGUUCAACCUGGUCGACCCCCCGAUGAGGAACACCGUCGGCGUGCCGGUGAACGGCUGGGCCGUCAUCCGGUUCGUCGCCGACAAUCCGGGGGUCUGGCUCAUGCACUGCCACUUGGACGUUCACAUCACCUGGGGACUGGCCAUGGCGUUCCUGGUGGACGAUGGAGUUGGAGAGCUGCAGUCCCUGGAGGCGCCUCCCGUUGACCUGCCUGCAUGCUGAGUGAGCAUUCCUUUAGAAUUUUGGAGUUGGGAGUCUUUCAUUUGCUAGUCUCACAGAUAUUUCAUGCAUGUUUGUUUCCCUUUCCCUGUUCUUGAUCCUGUACUCCCAGAAAAAUACAUAUUAUUGGGAAUUCAUUAACUUUAAAUCA